AUGUUAUAUUCAUUGUGGUAUUUUUGGCAUCGUAUUGCACUCUGGCCUUUUGCUCGUCAGUACCGUUGUGAUUGUAGUUCUAGUGGUGCUGUUACUACUACUGAUGAUGGUUUUGAUCGUCAUCGUAAUGGUUGUCGUGUUAGUAUUGCUCGUCCUAAUAGUUGGUUUGCUUGUGGUAAAAAUAUUCAUCCCAAAAAAAAACAAAGAUGUUCAGUAAUUUUAUUUGAUUCUAUAUUUGAUGAUCUCGUCUGA